AUGGGCGCAUACAAGUACAUUAGUGAACUCUACAAAAAGAAGCAGAGCGACGUGCUCAGGUUCCUCCUCCGCGUCCGCUGCUGGGAGUACCGCCAACUCAAUGUUAUUCACCGUGCUUCCCGCCCCUCUCGCCCCGACAAGGCCCGCCGUCUAGGCUACAAGGCCAAACAAGGCUAUGUCGUGUACCGCGUGCGCGUGCGCCGUGGAAACCGCAAAAAGCCAGUGCCGAAGGCCCGUCGCCAGGGUGUCAACCACCUCAAGUUCCAGCGCGGCUUGAGGAGCACUGCUGAGGAGCGUGUUGCUCGUCGCUGCGGAAACUUGCGUGUGCUCAACUCGUACUGGGUUAACCAGGACGGUGUGUACAAGUACUACGAGGUCAUUCUUGUCGAUCCUUCCCACAAGGCUAUUCGCCGUGAUCCUCGCAUCAGCUGGAUUGUUAACCCUGUCCACAAGAGGCGCGAGGCUCGUGGUCUUACUAGCAUCGGAAAACAAAACCGUGGACUUGGCAAGGGCAACCGCUACAAUCACACCCCUGCCCGCUCUACCUGGAAGAGGCACAAUACCCUCUCUCUCCGCCGUUACCGAUGA